AUGUCAAAAAGGUUGAAGAUUCACAAUUUUGAGACAACCACCAAAGUGGUGGCAAUGCAUCCAGAAUUGCGCAUCGACAGCCUUUACUUCACAUCCAAACUUGGACCCAUCGUUUUGAAGCUGGCAUAUGAGGAUGGUAGCGAAUUCGAAGAUGAAUUCGAUUGGGAUGAUAUUGAUUUGGAUGAGAAUGAUUUUGAUGAAGAAUACAUGAUGGAGUUAAGAGCUGAGGUGCCAUCAUCUGAUGAUGAUGAUGGAGUUGAGGAUGAAGUUAAUGAUAAUGAGGUUGGGGAUGAUGAUGAUGAGGGUGAUGAAGUUGAGGAGCUGAAUAGAUUUGAAAAUAUAUAUUCCGUUUACAAUUUUUGUGAUGAAGAAUACACGAUGGAGUUAAGAGCUGAAGUGCCAUCAUCUGAUGAUGAUGGAGUUGAGGAUGAAGUUAAUGAUAAUGAGGUAGGGGAUGAUGAUGAUGAGGGUGAUGAAGUUGAGGAGCUGAAUAGGUAUGUUAAUUAG